AUAAAUAAGCAUCAUGUGGAGAAUAGGAACGGCCCAGCAUGUGCUCCAUUUUAUAAGAUUAUACUGAAAUUUAGACACCCCCGGAGUAAUUAAAAGUCCCCCAUGGCUACACUUUUUCCAACCCUAGCCGCCCAGUUUAUCUUUUGCCUUUUCAUUGUUUUGGCUAGAGCAGAUGAUCAGAGCUUUGUGAGAACCAUGGACAGGAAGCUUUUGGGGCUGAAGAAAGAAAAGGUUAGCCACUUCAGGAUUUACUGGCAUGACAUUGUCGGAGGGCGGAACCCAACAGCUGUCCCAGUAGUUCCACCGUCAAGCAAUUCAUCAACGGCCUUCGGGAUGAUCAGAGUAAUAGACGACCCUUUAACCAUGGGACCGGAACUAAGCUCAAAAAUGGUAGGCAGGGCACAAGGGUUUUACUCCUCAGCAUCUCAGCAAGAAGUUGGGUUGUUGAUGGCCAUGAAUUUUGCAUUCAUGGAAGGAAAAUACAAUGGAAGCACUAUAACAAUACUAGGGAGGAACACUGUGUUUUCAAAAGUGAGGGAAAUGCCAGUUAUCGGAGGGAGUGGGCUUUUCAGGUUUGCUAGAGGCUAUGUUCAGGCCAAAACUCACUGGUUUGAUCCUACCAACGGGGAUGCGGUGGUCGAGUAUAAUUGUUAUGUGAUGCAUUAUUGAUGCUUUUUUCUGUAGGUCUUUUGCCUUUUUUCUUUCCCCUUCAAUUUUAUGCUUUUUUAAAUUGGCUUGAAUCAUGUUUUCCACUUCUAAUGUAAUGAUCACUUUCUUGGCUGGUGGGGUUGGUUUGUACUUAUCGAGUUAUUACUAUUAAUAAAUAUAUAUUGUUUGGGA